UCAAGCCCUCUGGUGACUCCCCGAAACUUUGUCUGAGAGUAGGGUGACCCUCUGGCAAACCUUGUGGGUUGAUUUAGAGUUAUCAAACGCUGUAUCCGCACAAUCAGACCAGCAAGUAAUUUCUUGCUGACCUUGGUUGAGCUGGCGGGGUUCUCAGGGUGACACUGCUACAUUAAUGUACGCUUUCCUCCGGAAUCCAAGGUCGGACGAUGCAGCAGACUUAUAAGAGGAGCUCCCUUGCCAUGAAAUUUACUCCCAACUCGUCCCAAGUUAUGGAUCCUUCAUUAGUUGUCCUCAGCACCCUCCCACCGGAGCUCGUCUUCGGCAUCGCCGACCACCUGAAGAAACGUACCGAUAUCAACUCCCUCUCCCAAACCUCCCGCCAACUGCACGCCAUCGCAAACCCUUACCUGUACCGACGAGCUGUGCUGUCUGAUGAUCUCGCCCUUAAUCAGACGCUAUGGGUGUCAAUCCAAGCCAUAAACCCUAACGCCGUUCGGCAUUGGAUCCAGGCCGGGAUAAAUAUUGAUCAAGGGGCGCUUGAAGUCACCAUAUGGGAACGGAGCAGACUGAGCGACUACUUUGAGCCGCAGAAGACGGCCGAAGGGCAGAGAUGCGUCGAUUCGCGGCUAAAGGUGCUCCGCGGGAUUAUCGAGAUGCUCCUUGAGGCUGGCGCAGAUGUAGAUGCGGCGUCUGGUCCUUAUGGCGGGUGGACGGCGCUGCACGUGGCGGCGUGGACGGGAGACAACGAGAUUAUUGAGCUGUUAUUGUGCGCUGGGGCGGAUAUACGGCGCAUAGACUUUGAGGGGAAAACGACUCUACACAAGGCUGCAGCGGGGAAAGCAAAUCGCGGUACAGUCGAGCUCCUCUUGCAAAAUGGCGCGGCGGUCGACAUCAACAGCUGGGAUCUCACUGGGAAGACUCCGCUGCAUGCUGCGGCGGGCGCGGGGAACGAAAGUGUAGCGCUGUUCCUGCUUGAGAAUGGAGCGAAUGUCAAUGCGAGCGGAUACAUGUCGGGAACGCCGUUGCAUGAAACAGUCAAGACUCGGUUUCACUUUUGGGACAUUACUCUGGCAUGGUCAUGUACAGUAUCGCGGAUGAUGAAGAUCUUACUCGACCAUGGGGCGGAUGUCGAUGCCGUGGAUAACAACGGGAUGACGGCGCUUGCGAUCGUCCUAGGAGCGAGCUACGAACAUGGCGAUAUUGUCCGCUGCUUGCUCGCGAAUCGGGCUAGUAUUGACCUGACCGACGCGUUUGGCCAGAGAGUACGGGGGCUUUCCCGUGGUCAGCGUACAUACCGAAGGGCAAAGCAGGUUCAGUGGGGAUUUGAAUCACUGAAGAAGCACCUUGGCCGCUUUUCUUCUCUCGAGUGGGCCAAGAAGAGGCGGGUUGGCGUUGGUCCUGCGAGCUGAGUGGUCAUGGUGAUUGAUGAGGAUAUUCAAUACGUCUGGGAAAGAUGACGAUAACUUGGAUGUCCCUGAGAACAUCGGAGUGAAAUGUUCCUGCAAAGUGGCGAGAUGGCGAGGAUGCGAGAUGGAGAUGGGAGGUUGUUUUGUAAAGGUGAACAGUCCAUGCUCCUUCCCCAGCAGUAUACAGCUUUCAAGGGCUUCCAUAAUCCACUGCUUCUUGGGCCUUCCUUUUUUUUCAAAAGGGUUAGCAGUCGACGACAAGCUGGAUAAGUUCGAUGUGGAGGCGGAGAAGAUCAAGGCGCAGGAGGAAGAACGAAUGAAGGCGUAUUACGCCAUCGCGGAACUCCUCCUGGACGCUGGGGCAGAUAUCAAUAGUGAUACUGCGGCAAACCAGCCGCUGCUGCAUGUCGCAGCUCUAGCAGUGGUCGAGGAGAUGGUGCGGGCACCCGCAAGUUAAUUCCACAGCAAUCACAUGGAUCGGGAUCUGCGAACCAGCCUGGAUUCGAGAUUGCAAUACAGCCAGUGACAUGCCAUGUGGAUCUAUACUUACCUGGAGGAUCUCACGUGCCUGCUACAUCAUCGGCUGUCAACUGUGCUACAAUGACAUCAUCGUG